AUGAAAGACUUGAGAGCCAAAACAAUAACUACAGUGGCUCGAGAACUUCUAGCAGAGCAAGGAACACAAGAGCAGAUCAUAUGUGACAAUGGAACCCAGUUCACAUCUCAGGAAUUCAAAAAGCUAGCCAAUGAGUAUGGGUUCAACAUUAUAACCUCAUCUCUACACUUCCCCAAAGGUCAUGGAUUCAUAGAAAGACAGAUGCAUACGGUCAAGAGAACACUAGUCAAAUGCCGGGAAACUAAGGAAGACCCACACCUGGCACUUCUGUUCCUACGAGCGAUACCACUGAGGGCUGACAUGGAAUUCCCAGCAGAAAUGAUGAACGGCAGAAAAUACAAAACCACCCUGCCAACUAAGAUCCAACCUCCUAUUGACCAGGAAGAGACAAGGGAAAAGCUAGUAGCCACUCAAGAACAAGGACAAAUAUAUUACAACAAACAUGCACAAUACUUACCUAAGAUACUUGGAGGACGACAAAACAUGGAUCCCAGCACAAGUCUCAGUGAACUAUUUUCUUUAAACACUGGCCCUGGCCUUUAA